CAUGUUAGAUGCCUACGGAUUUCCAUUGAUAAACUAUAGUUUUUUAGAGAGAGUUCUUUCAUCAUCCUCUCACACAUUCUAGGGCUUAUUGUUCUUUGGCAGUUUUUAGAGUUGUAAAUAAUCAUUCUGAAGCGUAGUUAAUGAAUCUUCAAGCCAAGAAUGAUAUCUCUUUUCAUGUUGGAGAUUUAUCAUUUCCGGUCGUGUGAGGAAUACAGAAAUAAUUGCGCAUAAAACGUCUGUAGCUGGCUUUUUUGAGCUCUCAAGCUUCUACUCGAUCUACUUCUAAACUUCUGUAACUUUGUAAAUAAUCAAUCGAUAUGUUAUAUAUGCAUCCCUAAAUUUCGUUGAUUACACUCUACAAACUCUUAGAUAUUACGAAGAAAAUACAAGGUUCGAUGGAGGGAAGUGAAGAUAGUACCGAAUAUUCUAAGACUAGCCCUUAUGAGAUAAGUGAUGAUGACAGUGAAAGUGAUCAGCAGAGAAAUGAAGUGUCCAAGCUUAAAGAAGGAGGAAGCUCAAGCAACAGUACUGUUGAAGAGAGCGAGAAGAAGCCAUCCGUGAGGCCUUAUGUCCGAUCCAAGAUGCCUCGACUCCGGUGGACACCUGAUCUUCAUCUGCGCUUCGUUAAUGCUGUUGAAAGACUCGGGGGUCUAGAUAGAGCAACACCAAAAUUAGUACUUAAGUUGAUGGACAUGAAAGGGCUUAAUAUAGCUCAUGUGAAGAGUCAUUUACAGCUUUUGCAGAUGUAUAGAAGCAAAAAGACUGAUGAUCCCAGCCAAUUAGGUAUGACGGAUUCCAGGGUAUUUAUGGAAGGCACAGACCGAUAUAUCUAUAAUCCAAAACAGCUCCCUCAUCUUCCAAGCUUUAACCAAAGGGAUAAUUGUACUUUCAGUUAUGGAGAUGCUUCUUGGAAUGAACUUGCGAAAUGGAUGCAUAAUUCGACCCCAAGGCAGAAUACUUAUCACAAGAUCAGUCGACAAGGGUUUUACGAUAAUCUUACUGAGAGGAUCUUGAGCAACCAGUAUUCUAGGUCAGUAAAUCAAGAUCUUCUUAGCACAAGAAUAUCUUCUUUCAAUGAAGGAUCCAGUUGGAGAAUCAACGAAUCCAAAGGUGAACUCGGAUCACUUCACGAGCAAGAAUCUUGGAGAGGUCAAUCUAAACAAAACCCUAUUUGUGAGAUCAAUUCCUUAAAGCUGAUGCAGCAGAAAGUGUGUGAGCAUAGAACUUCAGAUAAUAGAAUUAGUAUCACUCCUCAAAAGAUGGAUGGAACAACGAGUUUCCAAAGGCAGACCACGAUAAAAAGGAAGGCCUCAGACUGUAAUCUCGAUUUGAAUUUAUCGCUCGCAUCAGAAUCAAGGGACGAUGAGAAGCAGAAAGGUUUACAGUAUGACGAGAGCAGGUUGUCGUUAUCAUUGUACACUCCGUCCUUAUCGAAGCUUAAGAAGUUAAAAGAAGAUGAUAAUAAUGCAAGAGGGGCGAGUACUCUGGAUCUGACUCUGUGAAUUAGGUAAUUCUAAGUGAGAUCUUGAGGUACUUGUUUCAGAAAAUGCAUAUUUCAUUUGUGUUGUAGAAUUAAGAUGAGUAACAAUACUCAUGUUUAUUUUUAUUUUUUGUUUUUUAUCUUUAAUUGCUGGAAAGAUUUAGCUGCUUCAUUGAUAUCGGAGCCUUAACUGCAAGAAAAAUAAAAGGAAAAUCAUUUUUGAUAUGCUA